AUGAUAUUCCAGUCUCACCCUAAGUACGAGUUCGCGUACAAAGUAGAGGACCCUCACACCGGUGACAAGAAGUCCCAGCAUGAGUCCCGCGACGGUGACGUCGUGAAGGGCGUGUACAGUCUGCACGAGCCCGACGGUACUGUCAGGAUCGUGGAGUACCACGCUGACAAGAAGACUGGAUUCAACGCUAACGUCAAGCGUGAGGGUCACGCCAAACACAUUGUUCCCGAAUACCACCACCACCACUGAUUCCAAAUGUUAUUUUACCAUUAUCAUCAUGCACCUCAUUGUUAUGUUAUAUUAUUAAGAUGCUCAAAUUGUUAUGUUUGUUGUAAAUA